GGUGGGACUGUUGACACUUUGCAUGUUUGUUUAAAGGGUAAUUAAAGAAUAAUUAUGUUUGUUUUUUAGGAAAGGGGGCAAGUAGCCAAAAGAAAGCACCCAUGGUUUUUAGUUUUUAGUACGUGGUCAAAGGUGGAUCAAACAUUUUUCUUUCCAGAAGUAAAAACGGACAAGUUUUGUGCCACCCGGGCCAAAUAUCCAUAUUUUAGCCAAGGAAAUUUUAGACGACUUUUAUUUGAACCAAGGCAUCACUACCAGAAAAGGCGUGAAAAAGGGAACGACUCCAUUUCAAGAAGUCCCAACUAAGUCGGAUUUGAUGCUAGAAACAUCACCCAAAAGAGAGAAAAGAAGUUAUCAUAAAGCAGGUCCUUCAACUCACAGCAGCACCCUAACUGCAAGUGAAGCUGGGAAUGAACAAUGUACAGAAUUUGAUCUCCCGGAACAAAAAAACUCGAAUGAAUUAUUAGUACAGUUUCUCCCUUCUUGCUCAGCGUCAACAGCUUUUAAAAGAGUUAAGACUGAACAAUUAGUACUUACUCAGAAGAAGGCAGCAGACGUAAAACCUGAAGUGCAUUACAAAAGAGAGGAAAAGUCUUCACUUCGGGAAAUUAGAGCUCAAGAGCUACCAUUACAUAGUAAUAUUAAGACAGAGCCUGAUACUGACCUAGACGGUAGUAUAAAAAUGGAAUCAAGUGUGAAGGUGGAAGAGAGUAUUUUACCUAAAGUAAAGUCUGAAAUAGCAGACACAGAAGAGGAGGAUCCACGUUUUGUAUCAUCUCACACUCACUUCAAUGCUAAAGGCAACAUAUUAAGUGUGUCAUAUAUAAAAGAAGAAGAAGUGGAAUCGCCACAGUCACGUUUUAUUCCCAGAGCAACUUCCGUUUCACCAUAUCACAGACAUGGAAGUGAAUCUCCAAGUAGGAAUGAAGAAAUUGAUUGAUAUAAACAAAGGAUUUUUGUUCUUGAGCAUACAGUACGACGCCAGUCCGGGAAGAUAGGAGAGUUAGAGAAGUUGUAAAGCAACUUAAUAUACAGAUAACUCCUUUAACUAAAAGAGUAAAUUUGAAAAAAGGUGUGAUACCUAGUCUGAAACUACCAAAGGGCAGUCAUGACACAGGUCACGAUAAGGAAAUAAGGCGUAACCGGCGUAACAUUACUAUCAGGCAAGUCGGUAUUAGACUACCAGAUUGAAAAAUUGAAGAGGUCAUGGAACGGUUUUAAAUCAGAAUGGACUCAGUCAUCGAUUGUUGUACUUUUUGUUAAUUUUGCCAAUAAUUACACGUUUAAAACUUAUUAAAAUGGUGAAAUCGUGUUGUGCGUAUGGUUGUACGCAAAGAGCAACAAAAAAAGGUGUUACUUUUCAUGCGUUUCCUAGAGAUCCCGCCCUUAGAAAAAAGUGGGUAAUUGCUAUCAACCGCGACAAUUUCGUUCCGACUGAGAAUUCGCGAAUUUGUGGCAAACACUUUCAAGACUCUGACUAUAUUAUUCAAAUUGGUAAAAAACGAUUAGAAAAUGAUGCUGUGCCGUCAGUUUUUGACUUUUCAAAUCAUUAUAAAAAACCUGCUAAUAAAAAACGUAAGACUCGAGCACGUAAGAAGUUAGCGGUUAAGGGACAACCAAAAAGACAAGUUGAUAAACAUACUCCAACAACAAGUGUUGAUUAUCCUGCUGAAAAAACCGCUUCAAGAAAUGUGUUAAUUUGCCCAAAGACAGAUUUUGAGUACCAAGGCAUCACUACUAGAAAACGCGUGAAAACGGAAACGAUUUCAUUUCUAGAAGUCUCAAGUAAUUCGGAUUUGACGCCAGAAAUAUCACCCAAAAGAGAGAAAAGAAGUUAUCAUAAAGCAGGUCCUUCAACUCACAGCAGCACCAUAACUGCAAGUGAAGCUGGGAAUGAACAAUGUACAGAAUAUGAACUCCCGGAACAAACAAAUUUGAAUGAAUUAUUGGUACAGUUUCUCCCUUCUUGCUCAACGUCAACUGCUUUUAAGACUGAACCAUUAGUACUUACUCAGAAGAAGGCAGCAGAAGUGCUUUACAAAAGAGAGGAAAAGUCAUCUCGUGAAAUUAGGUCUCAAGAACUACCAUUACAUGGAAAUAUUAAGACAGAGCCUGAUACUGACUUAGAUGGUGGUAUAAAAAUUGAAUCAUGUGUGGAGGUGGAAGAGAGUAUUUUACCUGAAGUAAAGACCGAAAUACCAGACACAGAAGAGGGGAAUCCACGUUUUGUAUCAUCUCACACUCACUUCAAUGCUAAAGGCAACAUAUUACGUGUGUCAUAUAUAAAAGAAGAAGAAGAAGAAGUGGAAUCGCCACAGUCACGUUUUAUUUCCAGAGCAACUUCCGUUUCGCCAUGUCACAGACAUGGAAGUGAAUCUCCAAGUAGGAAUGAAGAAAUUGAUAGAUAUAAACAAAGGAUACUAGUUCUUGAGCAUACAGUACGACGCCAGUCCGAGAAGAUAGAAGAGUUAGAAAAUUUAAUAAGACUUCAUAAGAAUAAAAAAAUUUGAAAUAAAAACCCGAGUUGUUUUUAAUAAUAAUGAAAAUAUUUCAUUAUUUUCACUCUGCCUUAAUUUAAUUUUUGAGUAAGUUGUAAAGG